AUGCCCUCCAAAUUUCCAUGGCAGCGACCUCAGCCCGCUGCGUCCAGCUCGACCUCCACAGAUACAUACACCAACUCCCCCAGCAACCCCUAUGCCAACGCGUACCCCGCCGACCGGCGCCCCAUCGCGUCGACUGCCACCGCCUCGGCGCGUAAUCCCAACUCUCCCGCCGCGGGUCUUACCGCGGACUCUCCCUCUCAACUCCGAUCGCGUAUCAACUCGCCUCAUAACCGUACCGUCCCGGAUGUCUUUGCGAACGAGAGCAGGGGAUAUCCCUCGCCAUCGGUGGCGGCGGCGGGAGGGAAGCGGGUGGUGUCGUUUUUGAAGAGGAAAAAGAAGGAUGAGGAUAGUCCAGGAUGGACGCAGCUGGAUGGGGAUUCGCCAGGUCCUAUACGCGGGGCGAACCCGGUGGGACAGGUGAAGCGGUACGACGCGCGAGGAUACCCAGAGCGGGCGGGGAACGAGGUGGGAAGCCCAGUAGGGCUCAGCCCGGAGAGCGCCAAGGGGUAUCUACGGACAUCGCGGUCGCGGGACAGCCUGGCGUCCGAGGUAUCGUCGACCGGUGCCGGGGUCAAUGAAGAGUCGGGACGUUUCCUCGGGUCGAGUCGGCCAACAUCGUACCUCGCAUCGGAUACCACGCCCGCUAGCGUUUACCCACCGGUCAUGGACUACUCCCUGUCCGCCCCUUCAUACGAUCCCUACAACGCGUCGAAUGGCGGGACGGGCUACGUGUGGAAGAGCGGCAACGUCAACGGGUACUCGGGCGAUGGCGGACCCGAGCCCGCGCGCAGUCUCUACGCCCAGUCGAUGAUGAGCGUGCAGACCCGUGGAAGCGACUCGAGUCUGACCCAUUUCAAAAAGCACGACCAUAUCCAGGACAGCUAUGGCGCGUUCAGCAUAUCAAGUAAAGGAGGGACGAAGCAUCUGGGCAAAAAUUUCUCGCUGCCCGCUGAUCCUGCUUCUUGGUCUUACCUCGGCCCAGAAGCAGACGACGACUUUCACGAUCCCGACAUCAUAUCAAAGAAGAAUAGCAACUACCUAUCAGCGAUCAUCUCUCUGCGAGGGCUGUCGAAUCUUGGAUGUCUUCUGCUGCUCCUCGUCAUGCUCGUUGGCCUAUUCGGCGUCUAUCCCAUUGUAUCCUACUAUCUUCCCCAAGUCUACCCUACCUACGGCGCGUACAAUCUGGGCGGUAUCAAUGCGACCGGCCAGAUCCCCGACGUCGGCUCCUUUGCCCUUAUCGACCGCGACACUCCACAAUCCGCCUACACGCACAAAUCCAUUGAGAAUGGCGAGUCUUGGGAGCUGGUCUUCUCGGAUGAGUUCAAUCAUGACGGACGGACAUUCUGGCCUGGAGACGAUCCCUACUGGGAAGCGGUCGACCUGCACUACUGGCAAACCAACAACCUCGAGUGGUACUCUCCCGAACAAGUGACGACGAAGAACGGCAAGCUGGUCGUCACGCUGGAUAAUAUCGAAACGAAUGGCCUAGCCUAUCGCGGUGGAAUGAUCCAAACGUGGAAUCGAUUCUGCUUCACCAGCGGAUAUGUCGAGGCCUCAGUCAGUCUGCCAGGCAAGAACAACGUGUAUGGCCUUUGGCCGGCCAUUUGGUCGCUGGGCAAUCUGGGACGGGCGGGUUACGGUGGAUCGCUGGAUGGACUUUGGCCGUAUUCGUACGAUGCGUGCGAUGUCGGUACCCUGAAGAACCAGACUCUCAACGGCCAGCCCCAAAUCCCCGCUAGUCAAGGCGACAAGAACAACCUUGGCCACCUUUCCUACCUCCCCGGCCAGCGACUCUCGCGCUGCACGUGUCCAACAGACGCCACGCACCCCGGCCCAAAGCGCUCAGACGGCACUUUCGUUGGUCGUGGAGCGCCUGAAAUCGACAUGUUUGAGGCUGUCGUCGAUUCCACCACUCUGCAAGGCGAAGUUUCGCUGUCGGCUCAAUGGGCUCCGUUCAAUCCGGCAUAUCAGUUCCUUAACACCACUUCUAAUUACCGAAUUUACAACGCAUCCGAGGCGCAUCUGAAUCCCUGGCUUGGCUCGGUAUGGCAACAAGCCACAACAGCACUCGGGAUAACCGAUCAGAACUGCUACACCGGCGAGACUGGAUGCUUCUCGGUCUACGGAUUCGAGUACCGCCGAGGGGACGACGGGUAUAUCUCUUGGGUCAACAAGGGCAAGCCCGCGUGGACGGUACGGGGUGCAGCUAUGGGGGCGAAUUCGGCCGCGGGAGUCAGUCAGCGGCCGGUGCCCAAUGAGCCGCUCUAUCUGAUCAUUAAUUUGGGGAUAUCGGAGAACUUUGGACCUGUCGAUUACACCGGGUUGGCCCCUUUGUUCCCAGUGACGAUGGAGGUCGACUACAUUCGUGUCUACCAAGAUCCAAAGGACCGAAAUAUCGGAUGUGAUCCCGCCGACUUCCCCACUGCUUCCUACAUCGCUAGAUAUCCAGAAAUCUAUAGCAACACGAAUAUUACCGUCAUGGACCAAAUACCAAACUUCACGAGGCCAAAGAAUAGACUUAUAGACACAUGUUGA